AAUACUAGUCUAUAUAGCCAGGCAAUAUCAACAUGGCUUGCAUGUUGAAUUGUUGAACGUAUCUUAACGUUUAGAAUAGAUUGAUCCUAAAUAAAAACAUAUGCAGCUUAUGUACAGCCGACCGCUCUCCGGGACAUACAGAAAGACUUCGAUAAGCGAGAGAGUUUAUUGAGACAACCAGGACCCUUUGACCUUUGACCUUGAACGCUCCUCCCGAGACACCGCUGUGUGUGUACAGGCAGAUAUGGCCCUGCCUUUCAAUGGGGUUGUUACAAGUUCACCUAUAAAGAGAAAGAGAGAAACAACAUUGGCUAACGAGUCAAGUCAAAGCCUGGGCCUGUCCCUCCUGUCAUCUCCAGAUUCAUCAUACGAGUGUUACUCUGUGAACCCCGUGACGGGCUCCCCCAGCUCCUGCCGCCGGAGCCCCCGCCUCCUCAACAACGGCUACUACGUUCUGACUGAGGACAGCUACACCUGGGAUGACGAGGGCAAUGUCUCUCUCACCCCCUCCAAAAUCAAACUGUCCUACAAAGAGAAUCUAGUCAGAAUCUUCAGACGCAGGCGGAAGGCCCGCCGGUCUCUAGCUAGUCUGUUUAGUGACAUGACUGAGACGUGUCAGUCAUGGCUGGAUGAGAAAGUGUUCGGAGGGGUGCGUCACCCACCUCUUGCAGAGUCCUCCUGGAUGGAGCAUAGCACCACCGAUUUGGACACCAGCUGCAGCUUCACUUAUGAUGACAGUGAGACCAUGCCCACGAAGUUGGCUCACGAGCCCAUGGUGCAGGAGGAGAUCAUCACGGAGACCUGCGUCCACCAGGAGCAUUUCGGCCAAUCCCUGGGUGGCCUUCUGGAUGUCCCGCCCCCCUCAGCCUUCCUCUCCAAUAGCUGCUGUCCCCCUAAACCCCAGCCAGCAGAUUUUCCCAUGGCGAAAGCUCUCUUCAUAAUUCUCAUGGUCUUUAUCUUCUCUGCCAUAUUUUCAAGGUGUCUGUUGUGGGGACUGACAACGGCAUUCACCACCUUUAUAUUGAUAAUGAUAUAUCUGUUUGUCUCACAAUCUGGGCCCAUGGGCAAGUGGAGAAAAGCGAAGACCGAGGAUAUUACAUCAAAGAAUGAGUAGAUGAAAGCUGUGCACACACACACACACACACACACACACACACACACACACACACACACACACACACACACACACACACACACACACACACACACACACACACACACACACACACACACACACACACACACACAAUAUCUGUUUACUCAUGAAAUGAAUCUAUGAUAAUGAAAAGGGUGGAUGUGGACCACAAGAAAAAGAGUCAUAUAGAUUCUUACAUUUCAUUAGAUAAAUGCGUGUAGAUUGCACUUGCACAUAAUGUAACACGAGUUCCAUUAAUCUGGUCAUAAAAGCAGGCUAUUGGGCUCAAUUGAGCGGGUAUAGGGUGACACUGGUCAUGCAAAAAUGAGCACAGAUCAGUGGAAUAAAUACAAAAAAAACACAUAAUAAUAUAAUAUAAUCAAAAGCAAUUUAAUUUGAAACUCCACAAAGAUGUGCAUUAGGAGAAGAUGAUUUUAACUGUAUUUUUGUAAACCACGAUGCAUUGCGUAUUUGGAACUUGUAUUGGAUAAUAUGCCUUCCGGACAUUGCUAGUUAUUUUGCUCACUGAUCACUGCCAUUUGCUUGUCUAAGAUGUUUCCCAUAAUCCUGAAUAUAAAAAUAAGUCGGUAAUAUUCAUAUCAUAUAUUCAUAUCAUAUAUUAUGCACACAUGUUUUUAAUAUAUGUUUUUAAUAUAUUCUUCAAAUACCUGAAUUGAUAUUGUUGAUAGUUGAUCUUGGGUUUUUUAGGGCUGUCCAGUGUUACUUAUUUUCUAGCUUCCAGUAUUUUGAAUACAAUUGCAGGGCCAUUAAAGUAGAAGUGGCUUGCAGUCUGAGACCUGUUUUUUCCUCACAAAAAUGACAGCUGCAACUUUUAAUCUGAAUAGAAGCUAAUGGAAAUACAACAUGCUAAGUGCCUUCGUUAGCCUGGCUUAGCUAAUAGCAUGCUGUGCCUGCUAAACAAAACAGGCCUACAUAUCAGUAGGCAGUAGACUGCGGAAUCAGAUAACAGCCUAUCUCCUCAUGGUAGUGCUGAAACGCGUAUAGAAAUGUUUCUAUUCAAGGGAUAUGGGGAGGAGGUGGUCAUUUCCAUAAUACUCAUACCACUAGCUGCCUCUUGUGGUUAACCACAACCACUUAUCAGUGGAUCACAAUAAUAGAAUGUGAAUGUUGAGGAUAAUGACGGCGGCAAUGAAUAAAACAAUCGCCCUUUGACUCAUUAAAUGGGAUAAUGUUGAGUAUGUAAUGGCAUUGAAGGCUGAGGGAAAGUGUGUUUUCUGUCAGGAAAAGGAACAGGGCACAGCAAGUGAAUAAAGUUCAUAUCGUAUAGCUUUAUAAAGUUGAAAUAUGAGUCAUGUUUGGACCUCAAACUACAGCAGGAUUUUUUGAGAAUCUAAAAGUAGGGGAUUUGUACUUUAAUAAUGAGUUCUUCUUUUUGUACAUCUCAACUCGCCAUUCUUUGUAAGACGUUGCAUGUUGUUGGUCCUUUAGAAAAGCUGUAUCUAAUUGUCUCCAUAUAUGUACUAUGUGUCCAGACGAAAGUGACUUGAGAAGUAUUGCUGUAUGUAUUCACUCCAAGUGCCAAAUCUGAAUGAUUUUACAAUGCUGACCAGAAAGUGUUAAAUCACCAAUACUUCAUCAAUAAGCCAAAAUUAAUAUAUUUAAAAAAAGUUGCCAGUAGACACCAUUUUAUUGCUAGUUUAUUGUAAACAAAAGCUAAUGUACAUACUACAGUAUAUGAAGACAACAUGGCUGUUAUUUCUUUGUAAUAUUCAUGAUUUACUGGCAUAUACUGAAUGUACUUUACAAGACCUUGAGAUUUAAGCAAUUUCCUAUUGUGUACAUUUGGUCACUUACAGUACCUUUACAUAAACCAGUUUGAAAUGUUACUUUUUUAAAAUAAUCAUAAUUUCUAAUGCUUUGAUACUCAACUAGUUUCCACAUUUGCAAAAUGUGUGGUUCUUUGUAAUGCAUGUUUAUCUUUUGCACUCAUAUUGGAUGUAUCUGAAAAUGUAAUCAGUUGUACUGUUUUUAUAUUCUUUAAUAGUUAAUGAGCUAUAUUGCACUGAAAUGUUCAUCUUUUCUAACAGAUGUGUAAAAUAGUUCAACUCAAUUGGCGUAUACAACAUUAUUAAAUGUCAUUUUUUAUAGUUGUC